AUGAUUGGAUGGCAGAAGAAAUUAAAAAAUAUACUUCAAAUUAAAGAUGCAUGGAAUGCCAUAGAUCCUUCUUUAAUAUGUCACUCAUUUAAAUACUGUGGAAUCUCUAAUGUACGAGAUGGAAGUGAAGAACAUCUUAUAUUUGAUUAUGAUAAAGUUACAGAAAAAAAUGCAAAUAAUGUUGGUAAUUAUGUUUAUUUGAGUAAUAAAAGUAUAGAUACUAAUGAAAAUAUAGAAACUUAUUUUAGAAAUGAAAAAAAUGAAGAAAAUAGAAUUAGUGUUAGAGAAUAUAAAGAUGAUUAUUAUGAAAUAGAGGAGAUUAAUUAUAUUAAUGAGUGG